UCUCUCUCUCUCUCUCUCAGAUUAAGUUUGGCAAUGGCGAGUGGUUGGUGGGCUCAGUCCGGUACGAGAGGAAGUACAAUCUCCCUCUUCCCAUCAUCAUCCCGGCGGUGCUCGUUCCCAUGCUGCUGAUCAUCGCCAUCUCUGUGGUCUGCUACAGGAGGAAGAGCCAGCAGGCCGAGCGCGAGUACGAGAAAGUGAAGCAUCAGCUGGAGAAUCUGGAGGAGAGUGUUCGUGACCGCUGCAAGAAAGAGUUCACAGAUCUGAUGAUUGAAAUGGAGGACCACACUAACGACAUCAGCGAGGGCCGGAUCCCGUUCCUGGACUACAAGACCUACACCGACCGCGUCUUCUUCCUGCCCUCGAAGGACGGCGCCAACGACGUCAUGAUCACCGGCAAACUGGACAUCCCAGAAUCCCGCAGGGCCACGGUCACCCAUGCGCUGAACCAGUUCUCCAACCUCCUCAACAGCAAAACUUUCCUCAUCAAUUUUAUCAGAACGCUGGAGGGCCGUCCGGAUUUUAACGCCAGGGCCAAAGUGUAUUUUGCGUCUCUGCUGACCGUGGCGCUUCACGGGAAACUGGAGUAUUACACAGACAUCAUGAGGACGCUUCUGCUGGGGCUCAUGGAGGAGUACGUUCACAGCAAGAACCCUAAACUGCUGCUGCGCCGGUCUGAAACAGUAGUGGAAAGGAUGCUGAGUAACUGGAUGUCCAUCUGUCUCUAUCAGUUCCUAAAGGACACGGCCGGAGAGCCGCUCUACAAACUCUUCAGAGCCAUAAAGCACCAGAUUGAGAAGGGGCCGGUGGACGCACAGGUCAAGAAAGCCAAAUACACGCUGAACGACACUGGCCUUCUCGGAGAUGACGUGGAGUACUUUGUGCUGACGCUGCAGGUGCUGGUUCAGGGCGAGGGGCCGGACAUCACCCCCGUAAAGGUGCUGAACUGUGACAGCAUCUCUCAGGUGAAGGAGAAGAUCAUCGAGCAGGUGUACAAAAACCUGCCAUACUCUCAGAGACCCAAAGUAGACAGCGUCACCCUCGAAUGGCGUCCCGGAUCCACGGGACAGAUCCUGUCAGAUCUAGACGUGACCACGCAGAAGGAGGGCAGAUGGAGACGGAUCAAUACGUUGGCACACUAUAACGUACGUGAUAAUGCAACGGUGGUCCUUUCCAGAGUUCAGCACACACAGCAGUCGUACGACCAAAAUCAUGAUAACCAUGAAGAGAGAAACGCCCUGCUGGAGGACGAUAAAGUUUUUCACCUGGUGCGACCGGCCGAUGAGCUGGACGAGAUGAAAUCCAAGAGAGGCAGUAUAAAGGACAAAUCCAUGACCAAAGCCAUCACAGAGAUCUAUCUGACCCGACUGCUCUCCGUCAAGGGGACGCUGCAGCAGUUCGUGGAUGAUUUCUUUCGCAGUGUGCUCUGUUCUGGCAUCAGCGUCCCGCCGGCGGUGAAAUACUUUUUCGACUUCCUGGAUGAGCAAGCCCUUAGACACGAGAACGUAGAUGAGGAAACCAUACACAUCUGGAAGACCAACAGUUUGCCGCUGCGUUUCUGGGUAAACAUACUGAAGAACCCUCACUUCAUUUUUGACGUGCAUGUGAGUGAGGUCGUGGACGCCUCUUUGUCUGUCAUCGCUCAGACCUUCAUGGACGCGUGCACAAAAACAGAGCAUAAACUCAGCCGGGAUUCUCCCAGCAACAAAUUACUCUAUGCAAAGGAGAUCUCCACCUACAAAAGGAUGGUAGACGAAUACUAUAAAGGAGUCCGGCAGAUGGUGUCAGUCAGUGACCAGGAGAUGAACACACAUCUGGCUGAAGUGUCUCGGGAACACACAGACAAACUGAACACACAAGUGGCUCUUCAUCAGCUCUACCGGUACGCCAGCAAAUACUACGAUGGGAUCAUCAUGUCUCUGGAUGAAGAUCCCGCUGCCCAGAGUAAACAGUUAACACUGAGACUGCAGCAGAUCGCCGCAGCGCUGGAGAACAAAGUGACUGACCUCUAACCCUGUCCCAACAAACGCUCUCAGUGUGUGUUUAGCUCAUCACUAUAAUCAGACGUUCAAUUUCUUCCUUGUGUAGAGACAAAAGGUUUUAAGAAACGUAUUCUAUAUUUUUUUUAAUGUGCAGUCUUUAUGCAGAAAGCUUUAUAAGAGGAAAAUAACUUUUUAAAUAGACGGCCUUGUUUCAGUUGUUUUUAAAGCUUCUGUGUGUGUGUGUGUGUGUGUGUGUGUGUGUGUGCGUGCGUGUGUGUGUAAAAGGAUGCCUAUAUUUUGACCAAAAGGGAGCUGACUAUGACCCUGCAGUGUGUGUGAGCAGGGGGCGUGCCUACAGUGAGGUCACAUCUGGUCUCGUCCAAUCAAAAGCAGCUGAAGGUGACAGCAGGAUAUGCAUGGGAUGUGUUCGGAGCAGCAUACUAGCAUGUUCCCCAUACUAUUUCUGCAGUAUGUACUGUUAUGUGCAGGGUCUGC